AUGCAUCUGAUCAUUGAUGGUUUCGGCGGCGACCACGCCAUGAUGUGGGACACCGACCGCCUCCGAUCCUUCCUCGACGAGUACCCGGCCGCGUUGGGUAUGACCAGGAUCACUGAACCGGAAGUGCUCGAAUACCACGGACCAAAGCCGACCGACAACGGUAUCUCCGGCUUCGUAAUCAUCGCCGAAAGCCAUAUCAGCGUCCACACCUUCCCCGAGCGUGACUACGUCAACAUCGACGUCUUCUCAUGCAAGUCCUUCGACCAUGAACAGGCCUUGGCCGACGCCCGUUCCCUGUUUGAUUUGCAAAGCGUCAAAACCUGGUUGCUCGACCGCGGCCUGGAAUGGCUCGACGCCGACCAGGGCACUCGCGAGACCCAACGCCAGCGCAGCCUGCUGGAAACCGCCGCCUCCGGCUCGCCUGUUGCCUGA